AAUGGCUCAGUCUUUAACAGCUUCGUUCACUGUUCGUAAAAGCACCCGCUUGAGUAGCAGAAGCAAGGCUGGUAAAAUAGAACUGGAAGGAAAAUCUUCAAAUAGUCCACAUACUACUGUUAACAAAAUUGAGGAGCAGUUAAGUUCUUUAAGAAAAAGAAAUGGUUCUUUCCCAGAUGUGAGAGCUCUGCUACAGCACAAGACCAUAAGCGUAGAUGAUGGUAGAAAUUCAGCUAAAAGUGUGGAACUCUCUCCAGAAAGAAAUGCAGUAAACAGUGUCUUAGAUUUAACACCACAAACACCUUCAGCAGAUGAUCAGGUGCAGCUUCGUCACACAGGUCUUACAGGAGAUUUGGACAGAGUGUGCAGACGAUUAUUAUCCCCAAAGAAAAGAAAAUCAAAUGAAGAGAAUGAUUUGUCGAGUCUCUCGCCAGUAAAGUCACCACGAGCAUCCCAUGCCAUUAGAUCUCCUCUCAAAUCUUCUUACCUAAGUCCUAUCUCUUUACUUCGAUCACCUGAAACACCUACAUCAACCAAGAAAGGUGACAAAGAACCAAAAUCAACACCAAGAAGACUUUUUAAAUCUCCACAUAAGAAAGUUAGUGAAAUCAGUCCUCUGGUGACGUGUCUCACAGUUGCAAGCAACAGCUCUGUUCCAUCUCUUCAGCUUUAUAAAUCAAGCACUUCAUCUUACCAAUCAGCAAAAAGAUCUCUGCAUACAGCAAAACCUGAGUACCUGAUUGGCAGAGAUACAGAGGAGGCUGAUAUAGAAAAGUUUAUCUGUGAGAAGCUAGACAAGAAAACAAGUGGCAGUCUUUACAUUUCUGGGGCUCCUGGCACUGGCAAAACUGCUGUUGUCACCCAUGUUAUUGACAAGUUAAAGGCAGAGAACAGAUGUCUGCGGACAGCUGUAAUAAAUUGCAUGAUGCUGAAAGAUUCCAAUGUUGUGUUCAGACAAAUGUAUGAACAGCUAGAGGGUUCACCAAUCAAGUCUAAGGAUUCAAUGAAAGCCGUUGAGAAAUUGUUCAUGACAAGUAAAGAUAACAUACUUUUGGUUUUGGAUGAAAUUGACCAGUUGGAUAGCAAACACCAGCACAUACUGUACCGUAUAUUUGAAUGGCCUGGUUUAGAAAGUUCUAAGCUUAUACUAAUUGGUAUUGCUAAUGCACUGGAUUUAACUGACCGUGUGUUGCCUCGUCUGCAAGCUUCAACAACAUGCAGACCAAACCUAAUGAACUUUGCACCCUACACAUCUGCUCAAAUUACUGACAUUCUUAAACAAAGAUUAGAAAAGGAAGUGAUAAUAGAACCCAGCGCCAUCAACUUCUGCGCUCGCAAAGUUUCUGCUGUUGCUGGAGACAUGAGAAAAGCUUUGGAUGUCUGCCGUAGGGCUGUAGAGAUGGUCGAGUCAGAUGUCCGCACACAGCAGGUUCUAAAACCAACAGAUUGUAAUAGUCCUACCAAAAAGCACCAGCAAACACCCAUGAAAAAAGUGACCAUUGCCCACAUCUCUAAAGUCAUGUCUGAAGUGUACGGAUCAAGCGUGACCAGUUCUAGCAGUUGUGAAAACUCAAUCCCAUUGCAACAAAAACUUGCUGUUUGUUCUCUGCUCCUAUUGGUCAAAAAUGGGAAGGUCAAGGAGGUUUUACUAGGAAAGCUCCAUGAAACCUAUGUCAAGGUCUGCAAGCGCCAGCAGAUGCCUUCUAUUGACCAAAGUGAAUUUUUUUCUGUUCUGACUUUUCUGGAUUCUAGAGGUGUCAUAGCUUUAAAGAAAGCUAAAGAUACAAGACUCACAAAGGUUUCUCUAAAACUGGAUGAAUCUGAGCUGGAACAAACUCUCAAAGACAAAUCACUAAUGGCAACCAUCUUGAAUGCUGGGAUACCAAAGUAACAGUUUACAGUUGUUUUACCUAUUUAUUGUAAUUUAAGUCUUUCAGAAAUGUCUAGAAAAUUUUUAAUGAAAUUUUAAAAUGUUUGCAUGUGUGUACAUACAUGUUCCCAAAGUUUUAAUGAAAUAAUAAACUAUUAC